CUGAGAACGGUUUGCGAGGAUCAAAAAGGAGCGUACUGUCUGGGAGCUCAUAAAAGUGUUAGUUGGGCGUGAGUCCGAUAUAUGUGUUUAAUCCCAUUGGAUGCGUACAAUUAUUAUCGGCAGUGAUCUGGAGCCGCUUAUUAUUUACCGCAGCUGCGUCUGCGUGCGUCUUUACCUUUAAGGACCUGCGACAUUUUUUCCCCCAUACCAACACCCAGUUGUCUACCGCCGAUAAUCUCUGUGCUAUAGAGCUGUUUUUUAUAGAAGAACGCGCGAAUGGUUUCUUUUAACUGAUCUCGGCGUUUAUAGUGUAAUUUUCGUCGGCCGAACUCAAGCGCCGGAGGGGCGUGAGAGGACGACACCGCGCACGAGAACAUCGCGUGGAGGAGGGGACGAAGACACAGAGGGGGUGUUCACUCAAAAUAUACUAUCCCUUUAAAACAAGGGGGACACGGCGGUGGGGGAGAGAUAGCGGGGCAGAGAAGACGGGAUAAAAAAAGAAAAGGAAGAAAGAGCGAGGGUGGGAGGGUGAGAGUAUUGCAGGAAAAAAAGGAAAAAAAUGUCAUCCUCUCGAUUGAAAUGCCGAGGCGGAGCCGUGGACGACGACCGGUGAAGCGCUCGCCACACGCGAAUGAGAUUUAACGCAACGCCGAGGCUCGCGCAAAUGCCGCUCGGGGCCUGGAUGAAGAAUCUUAUAAUAAAAUUGGUGGCCUUUUUAUUUUUAACCACGCCAUGCAACCGCCGAGAGCAAAUGAAACAUUAAACUGAUAUUUUAAUUCGAUGAUUUUUGCAUGAAUUAUCACACAGCGGUCUAACUAAUAAGAAAGCAUUACAUGCAGAAAUUAAUUUUAGCUUAAGAUUUUAAGCAUUAUAGGCCACUGUUAUGUGACACUGCUGCGUUAAUAACAUACUGUAACUGACAACUCUCAUUUCUUAUUUUUUACUCUUUAGAAACAAGUUUAAUAAACACAUUUGAUAGUACAGUGGAAGGAGACGUUCUUCAGAAUAGUUUAUAUCAAACGGUGUCUGCACAGUCUUCACGAUGGAUGCAGCUUGGAGCAGUUUCCUCUUUCAGACUCCGCCUUCACAGUCCCAAACUGACGGGACCCUCCAAUCAGAUCUUCUACCGGAUCUCACGGAUUCCGCUCAGGACCCGCCCCCUGAGCACAUAGCCCCGCCCCCAUCCACGGUGGACACCGCGGCGCUGAGCGAGGAGCCCGUGCCGGUGAAGCCAGUCACUCGACCAGCACGACCUGCACACAUCUGCUCCAUAUGUAACAAGCAGUUUAAGAACAAUUAUAACCUACGCCGUCACCAGUCUGUCCACACUGGAGUGAAGAUGAAGGACAGAGCCGCUAGAGAGAAAAUAGACGGAGUGAAGGCUGAAGAAGGAGUGGAGAGGCAGAGCAUCCCUCUUUCUCUCCUCCAGCUGUCUAUACCUGCCUCUAUACCCACAGCAGUCGACCCCAUGGCCCAGCCUGCCCCAAUCAGCAAUCAGCAGCUAGAGACGGUGGCUGUCUCUAUCUCCCCGGCAGCAGUCGCCAUGACAGUGAACCAGCCCCUCCCAACUGCAGUGGUGGUUACUGGGACAAUGGUUCAGGCUGCACCAAAUAUCAACAUCAAUGAUAACCUAAGUAAUCCCACCCCGAUCCAAAUAUCUAUCCCAAUAACAAACCCAUUACCCAUCAAUCCAACUCCCAACCCUAACCCCAAUCCAGUCAGGAAGAACCAUGCAUGUGAGGCAUGCGGGAAGGCGUUCAGGGACGUGUACCAUCUUAACCGGCAUCGGUUGUCCCAUUCGGAUGAGAAGCCGUACUCCUGUCCAAUCUGCCAGCAGCGGUUUAAGAGAAAGGACCGCAUGAGUUAUCAUGUUCGGUCACACCAGGGAGGAGUGGAGAAGCCAUAUGUGUGUCCGCACUGCGCCAAGGGCUUCUCACGGCCGGACCAUCUUAACAGUCAUGUGAGACAGGUGCACUCCACAGAAAGACCCUUCAAAUGUCCGACCUGCGAAUCCGCGUUCGCUACUAAAGACCGGUUACGAGCUCAUAUGAUCAGACACGAGGACAAGGUUCCCUGCCAUAUCUGUGGCAAACUUCUCUCUCCUGCUUACAUCACGGAUCACAUGAGGGUGCAUAACCAAUCACAGCAUCACGUCUGUCACCUCUGCAACCGCAGUUUCACCACACUGACAUACCUGCGGGUCCAUGCUCAGAAGCAUCAUGGGCAAGAGUGGAAGGAGAGCGGGGUCGGCCGUGGCUCGGGCCCAGGUGGGGUGCUGUUAUGUCAGCUGUGUGGGGUGCACUGUAAGACCCCCACACAGCUUCAGGGGCACAUGGCCACGCACGCCAACCAGACGGACCCCAGCGUUCCUUGCCCCAUCAGCACUAGUUCAGUGGCGACAGUGGGCAUAGCCACUGCUGUUUCUAGCCCUCCAGUCACAGUUGGGCUGCUGGUGACUGACUGCUCCAGCAUUGCUCCUCAGAGCCACAGCUAGCCAACAGCACAGCACAAGGAGGGAGGGAGAAGCAGGGGUUAAUGGGUGGGAGGGGAUGGGCCUAACCUGGACAGGUUGCCAUGGAAAUGCCAACACAAAGAUUACCAUGGAAACCUACCCAUUAUCCCACCCUCUCAUCCACCUCAAAUCUUGCUGGGACUGAGCAAGAACUGUACGACUCUCCUCAAAAUAAGUGUGACUUUUGAAUGAACUCAAGAAACAUCACCCUGUUUCACACUCACUCACUGUAAGUGCAGGCAGAGCAGCAAGCCUCACUGGAUUGCUCUUCCCUCGUACGCUUUGAUCUGGUCUGAUGGACACAGACUGAAAGGGUUUAGAAGAAGAGCCCACGAAGAUCUGAUGAAUGACUGGUUUGAGUGUCAGUGCAUUUCCUGACAGAGUCCCAUUGGAAAGAUCACUGGUUUUAAAUGUAGGCUGUCAUUAAAUGCUGUCCCAGUUCAUUAUUUAAAAAAAGAAUCCAGUGUUGAGGAAUGUAGAACACUGAGAGGAAUCGACACAUUAUGGCUCCCAACCUUUCCUCUUAUAAUAAAGGCUCAUAUCUACAUGAUCAUGAAGUCCAGAAGACUUCGUUUUAUAAAUGAAUGAACUCUGUUGUAAGAGAUCAGUCCAUCAUAAACGAUCUUAACAUAAAUGACACCCCCACAGAACUUGAACAUUUGAAGGGAUGAAAUAUAGUGCCAUUCCCACUCAUUAAUCCCUGCGAAGGAUUGUAAAAGGGUUUAAACAUGGUCACAAGGACAAAGUAUUUAUAUUUGUAAUGUAUGUAGUAUACAUAAGUACUAAAAAAGCAUCUACUGUUCAAUGCCUCCUUUGAUAUUUUUCUCAUUUAUCUUGAUCUCUCUUUUUUAACUAAAGAUGUUAACCAGAUGUAAUAAUGUUGACUAUGUUGCAUAAGAUCUGUGAUAUGUUUCCAGUUCAGUUUGUGUUGAAGCUUGUUUAACACCAAUAUGUGUUGGUGUCGCUUUGCUCUUAUCCUAAAUAAUCUCUGUAUUACGAACAUGCACCUAAUUAUACUGAAUUUAACUAA